AUGCCACGCUCUUUCCUCGUCAAGAAGAUAAAACUAGAUGACUUUUCAUCCCACGGGAUUUCAGCUUCCAAUUACCACCACUUUGAUGAUCCCUGUGUCCUGGGGAAGUCUAUCACCAGCUCUGUGGGAAGCCCUGUUGCUGAAAACGGUUAUGUCGACCACUGUAUAACACCAUCGGAUUACGAAGUUAAGAAGAAAAGCGGAAGCAAAUUUUCAUCAUCUGAAACUGACUACACACCAACCCAUGAUGACUACAGUGAGCCCGACAGCCCACAGUCCAGUCUCUCAGCAGGCUACUUCAGCGGGGAAGCAGCAGUCACAGACAGCUACUCAAUAGAUGCUUUCUUCAUCACCGAUGGUCGAUCAAGACGAAGUGGAGAGAAACAUGGAAAUCAGCGCCAUACGUGUUCUGAAUGUGGUAAAACCUAUGCCACCUCCUCCAACCUCAGUCGGCACAAGCAAACUCACAGGAGCCUGGACAGUAAGAUGGCAAGAAAAUGCCCAACCUGUGGCAAAACGUAUGUAUCUAUGCCAGCCUUGGCCAUGCAUCUUUUGACACACAACCUGAAACACAAGUGCGAUGUAUGUGGGAAGGCCUUCAGCCGCCCCUGGUUGCUACAAGGCCAUAUGCGUUCUCAUACCGGUGAGAAGCCCUUCGGUUGUGCCCACUGUGGUAAAGCCUUUGCCGACCGAUCUAACCUUCGCGCACACAUGCAGACGCACUCGGCCUUCAAACACUACAAGUGCAAGCGGUGCGAAAAAACCUUUGCUCUUAAGUCUUAUCUCAACAAGCAUUACGAGUCGGCUUGCUUCAAGGGCUCGGAGCAUGAGUGCGAUGUCCAAAGCUAA